AUGAGCCCGCGGGAGGAUGAGAGCAGAGCCGCCAGCCUAGGAGUGCCACCUGCUCUGGGAGGCCCCAGGGCACCCCACAAGCCGCUGAGGCUCCGAGAGGCCAAGGGCUGGCUCAAGGGCAUCCUUGAGUGGGUUCGCCUCCAAAAGCUCCCCUGGAACCUGCCCCGACAGGUGCUGGCCGGGCCGCAGACCCGUCAGACCCGAGCAAAGGAAAAGGCUUCAGCUACAGACAGCUGCUGCUUCUCCCGCCACGGUGGCUACGGCCUCCCAGGCUCUCCGGAACCCUACAAGCAGAGGCCACCAGCACCCUGCCUCGUGGACGAGCAACCACGGCUCAGAGAGGGAUGGUCCCAGCCAGCAGGCAUCCACACCCUGGCACAGCCCAAGGGCCCUGGGAACACCAGCCCCAGAGAGGUGUUUGCACUGAAACAGCUGCCAGAGAGCUUUGGGCUCUGUGUCUGCGGCUACAGAGCCUUUGGCCCUGUGGCCCUGGCUGUGCAGGCUGUCCUGCUCGGGACCAGUAGCCCAGCCCUCGGCCUGCUCCGUGCGGGGUUAGCUGGCUUCUGCACCAAAUGGAUACCCACGGGCACCGCCAACUCAGGGCUGCCCGGAGGACCAGGGCAGACCUCCCCCUGCCAGGGCUCCCAUGCAUUCCAGAAGGUCUCGCAGAAGAACAAGAGGCUUUUCCAGGAAUACGCUUACCCCUCCCAGGGUCCUGGCCACCUGGCCAGGCCAGGGGGCUCCCAGAGGGCAGACGACGUGCCUGAGCCCCUGGGCACCCAGAACCCCCUGAGAGCCUGGUAUGCUAGUUACCCCUUCUUCUCCCUGAAGUGCCAGGAGGCCCUCCUGCAAGCUCCUGGGCUCCGCAGCCCCCACCGCCGCGGCCCCAGGCAGCAGAAAUCGCCUGGCCGGGAGAAAGGAAAACGGGUCUACCUGCACGCCCCCGGCCUUCCUUCCACUCGGGGUCUUGACCUGCUGGAGCCGCCGUCCCAGGUGGGAGCUCUCGGGGCGGAAGGUCCCUCCAGGGCCGCGAAAACCGGAGCGGGAGAUUUCUGCCCGAGCCGGGCAUCCACCCCCGCGCCCGCGGGGCCCGCCGGGUCCCGGGUGGGGGCUUCUUGCCCGGAGGUUGAGUCCUCCCGACUUGCUCCCCCGCCGCCGCCGAGAGCGGCGCCCUCGCCCGGAUCCGACCCAGCGAGCUCCCACCUCCGCCCGGGGCGCCAGCGCCUUCUCCGUCCCGGGAAGAAGUUGGGCGGCUGGUCCCCGGGGCGGGUGGCGCACGGGACGCAGGCGGCGGUGGCGCUGGACUCGGGCUCAGCCCCUGCCGCCCUAGACAAGUCCCCGCGACCGCGAGGGCGCCCCGGGCGUCUCGACUCCCCCGGGGCACAAAUCGCGCGCGACCAGGUCCUGUUUCGGCCCACCUUGCCCCCCGGGUUGCGGGUUCUUGUCUGGGGCGUCUCCCGGCUUCGGGGGACCCAGGUCAAGGCACUCCCCGCCCUGCCACCCCAAGCCGCCGGCCCCAGGCCGCGCGCGGCGACGGAUCAGAAGAUCUCGGACGCGGCCGCAGGACCGACCAGAUACGCACUUCUCGCGUCCGAGCGCCUCCGCGGUGAGUCGAGCCGCAGCGCUCCGGGUCGGCGAAGGUGGCUCGGCUCGGGCGCUCCAGUCUCGACGUUCCCGGGGCAGAGAGCAACGUCCGGGGACGCACGGGACGGGUGCGCCUGGCGGCCGGGGCUGCGCCGGGCGAGGCGAGCGGCGAGAGGGGAGCGCUCCGGCGUUCAGGCAACAGCUACCCCUAGUGGGAGAGCCGCCCGGGGCCGCCGCCGCCCCGCGCCCGCCGCCCCGCGCCCGGCGCCCGCGGCGCCCAGUACCCGCAGCGCUCCGGGUCGGCUGGGGCGCAGGCACCGCGCAGCUCUCCCCGGCCCUCCGCGUCGCCGGCGCCAGGCGCUCACCGGCCCGCAGGCCCUGCCCCCCGCACCUCCCCGCUGGGCCCCGGAGGCCGCUGACCCGAGAACCGCGGCGCCGAGCCGGGCGAGAUGGGACGGGGCGGGCGCGGCCGGGACUGCGCGCUGCGGCCUGGGGCGGCGGCGGGGGGCACCGAGCGCGGUGUGCGUGGCGGGGCGGUGCGGGGGGCGGCCGUGUGCGAGGCGCGAGUGUGAGCGCGCGCGGGAGGCGAGCGGGCGGGCGGGCUCCGGGAGGCGAGCGGCGCCCGCGGGCGAACGCGGCAGGCGGCGGGGGCCCAAAGUUGCCUCCUCGCGGGCCCGCGCCCCCGGCGGGAGGGAGCCGGGGCCAGCGAAGCGGCGGCCGCGGACCCGGGCUCCCGCGGCACCUGGGCAGCGGCCCCGCAAGAGCAGCAGCGGCGGGGGCGGCGUUGGCGGCGGCGGCGCGCGGGAAGCGAACCGGAGCUGCGGCGCGGCGCGGCGCGGCGGCCGCCGGGGAGCUCAGCUCAGGUGCGCGGCAAGAGGGGCGCGGGCCGGGGCCAGGCCGCUGGGACCGGGGCGGCGCGGCGCUCGCGCUAGCCGGAGGUCCUCCGCCGCGGACGCCGGGGGACCCCGCUCCAGCCGCCCGUCCGGGGCCGCCGCCGAGGCCCGGGUCUCCGGCCCCGAGAGCGGGCUCCUGGGCCGCGCCCCGCCCCCGCCGGCCCCCCGGCCGGGCCGCCCCGCCCUCCGGCCGCCGGUGCCCGCCCUCGGCCCAAGAUCUCUAAGGCCUCGGCGGAGCCGCCGGGUGAUCCCCCCCCGGGCUCGAGUUGCAAGGGGGCGGGCUCGGGCCGGAGGUGGAGUCUCCCGCCAAUUGAAGCCUCGGCUAUAA